AUGGAGGAAAGUAAUUUUGGCGAGUUCUGGAGCUGGUUUGGCUUUAAAGGUCAACCAGAUCCGGAUAUUGAAUACACAUGGUUCAGGAUACAGGAUUCUUUAACAUUUGAUGGAAUAAAAAACAUAAUUACAGAUUGUACAAUUUAUUAUUCAUCGCGCAAGCCAAACCAUUAUUUAAUAAAACAAGAAAAUGGUGUAACUGAAAUAUGGGAUAUUACUGAAUGCCAAUUUCGAAUUAUUCCCGAAUUUCCAUCAUCAAUUGAAGUUUCUUCAGGCAAAAGGCUAUUUAUUCUAUGGGGUGUUUCGUCCUCUUUUAUAGAAUUUUUAGUCCAAGAUCACAAAUUAAUGCCAACACCGAAUUUAAAGCCAGCUUUCAAUACAAUUCCUAUCAAAUACAGUCGAGUAUCUAUUAAAAAGGAUCCUCCUCAUACUGGCGAAGUCAUUCCUACAAAUUAA